GUCUGAAGAGUGACACGCCAUUCAAUCUUCUACCCGAAACCGAGAGGAAGCACCGACUCUCUGCACACAGGAGAACCAUUAAUAACACAAACAAGAUUGAACAGAAAGCAGCUGCGAGGAGAAGGAGAAACAGAAGAAGAGGAGGAGGAAACACCGAGUCCUGUCGACAUGGGGAUCCGAAAGAAGACCACCAAGACCCCGCCGGUUCUGAGCCAUGAGUUUGUGAUCCAGAACCAUGCAGACAUUGUUUCCUGUGUUGCUAUGGUGUUCCUGCUGGGGCUGAUGUUCGAGGUCACCUCGAAGUUUGCCGUGCUCUUCAUCACCGUGCAGUACAACGUCACCAUCUCAACCAGCGGCCCAGAGGAGACGCCGGUGAACCACUUCCACCACGGCAUCAAAGACCUGGCCACAACCUUCUUCUACAUGCUGGUGGCCAUCAUCAUGCACGCCAUCAUCCAGGAGUACGUGCUGGACAAAAUCAACAGGAAGAAGCACUUCUCUAAAACGAAGCACAGCAAAUUCAACGAGUCGGGGCAGCUCAGCGCUUUCUACCUGUUUUCCUCCGGCUGGGGGGCGAGCAUCCUGAUGUCUGAGAACCUGCUGUCCAACCCUGUGUCUCUGUGGGAGGGGUACCCACACACACUCAUGCCAUUCCAGAUGAAAUUCUACUUCAUUUGUCAGCUGGGCUACUGGCUGCACGCUCUGCCUGAACUCUACUUCCAGAAGACAAAGAAGGAGGAUAUUCCUCGGCAGCUCGUCUACAUUUUCCUCUACCUCGUCCACAUCGCUGGCGCCUACAUCCUCAAUCUGAACCGCCUGGCUCUGGUUCUGCUGGUUCUUCACUACGUCGUCGAGCUUCUGUUCCACAUGUCCCGCCUCGUUUACUUCAGCAACGAGACGCGUCAGUCUGGCUUCACGCUCUGGGCGGUUCUGUUCGUUCUGUGUCGGCUGCUCACUCUCUCUCUCUCCGUCCUCACCGUGGGAUUCGGACUCGCAACCUCGGAGAACCAGGGCUUCGAUCUGUCCGCAGGAAACUUUAACGUCAUCUUUGUUCGGAUCACCGUCCUGGCGGCCAUUUGCCUGACGCAGGCCUUCAUGAUGUGGAAAUUUAUCAACUUCCAGCUGAGGAGGUGGAGAGAACACGGCCUGACGCAGAACCUGAAGAAGAAGCAGGUUCCCGCCAAGAGCAAAUCGAAGAAGGACAAAGCCAACGGAGUAAACGGAGUGAACUCCAACGGAGCGGAUUCACCGAGAGCGAAGAAAGAGAAGUCGUCAUAA